AUGUCCUCAGCACUGCUAAUGGGGGUAGCUGUCGGUGAAGCAACCCUUCCAGUUUGGAAGGAACACUUCAAGACCUUGCUGAACCGGCUAGCACCGUCAGCUCCUGAACUCGAACACGUUCAUAGACCGACAUAUGCGGUUAACGAGGAGCCACCAACCGAGUCGGAGGUCCUGGUCUGUAUUCAGAAAAUGAAGAAUGGAAAAUUUGAAACAACGCGCGACGAGCAAGCUGGCUUUCGUCCUGGCCGAUCUACGAUUGACCAGGUGUUCAUCGUCAGGAGAGAGAUCGAAAUCUGGCAGCGGUAUUCGAAGCCAAUGCAACUAGCGUUUCUGGACUUUGAAGCCGCGUUCGACUCUCCUCACCGAGGCCGUCUUCUCAACGCGCUUCGCGCCGAUGGAGUACCAGGAAAGUUCGUUCGCUUGCUUGAUGAUAUGAAUCAAAGAAUAACUGGUGCAGUACGAAGACCAGCCGGAUGUAUAACACCAUUUGAAGUGGUAACUGGAGUAAGACAAGGGGCGGUGGCAGGACCCUUCCUGUUCAACUUCGCCAUCGACGACAUUAUGCGAAGAACAGUCGACCAGUGUCCUGCCGACAUUGUCUUAGCACCAUCAGGGUGCCCCUUGACUGACCUCGAGUACGCCGACGAUGUUGUUAUAUUCGCGGAAAGCAGUACGAAACUUCAGCAUGUUGUCAACCUUGUAUCGAAGCUGGCUGCAGCAAGUCAAGCUGCGAGUCUACCUAUCCGCAAUUCGCCCCAUCAUGAUGUACGGAUCGGAGACUUGGGCAGCACCAUCAACGGUCACAUAUUAAGGAGACCGGCAGAUCGCCUUGUCCAACGAGUUCUGAAGAGUUCGUCGGGUUCGAGCUGGAAGAAGCCACCUCGCCGAAAACGGAAGUUCUGGACUGAGGUGGUAAAAGAGGACCUGAGGACACUCGGCGUGGAUAGGCAGUUCAGGCGAGACGUAAGGUUUCGCAGAACAUGGAAUAGCGACGAAUGGAUUGAUUUUGUGCAAGCUCUCGCAGAAGAUCGAGACGGUUGGGCAGAGCUGUGUUCAAGGACGGCACACCUCCGGGAAGAUGCGGUGCUAGACGCUAUGGGCAAGGUGCCUUCGGGCAUAACUUCUGGCAAUAAUCUCUGGGUAGGAUCAUGGAACACGUGUCGGAAAAUACAAGUUGUGAAGAACACUCAGGGAAAACUUUGGAGUGGACAAUACUGCUUGGCACAUUUGGAAGCGUACGAAAAAAAUAAUCCACUGAAAGCUCUCGAUAAAAAGGAGGGAUUAGCCGCGAGGCUACGUCUGCCCCGAGAUACGGCUGCAUUCGAAGGAUGGGCUCACUGCUUUUGCUAUGCUAGAAUUGAUUUGAAAACUCUUGCAUCGACGACUGACGAGGCGAGUCGCAUGUUUACGGAUGAGAAGAUGUGGAUCAACACAGCUUCGACCAUCUUUUGUGGCAUAAGCGAAGUCGAAUUUGAUGCAACGCCAGCUUUGAAUAUCUUCGCCGCUUACGCUGCAACAUCAAGCUACGAAGAAGUGGUCGAAUCUUUCUAUACAGACCUUGAGAAGUUCCGCAGAGAAGAUCAUACCUAUUACAAGGUUUAUUUUACCAAUUUCAACGGCGAAAAAGUUGGCCUCAGAAAAACGCCAAAAGAACUUCACAUCGAGACUCACGGCCUGAAUAGAAUGAGUAGGAAGAGGCUUUCCGAGUUUAUCAUGACCACUAAAACCACCCAUAGGAUCUCACGAUUGCCGAAACCUCCCUCCCUACGCUGGAUGCAGAGGUCACCCGAUGGAAGGUAUCAUAGUGAAAUUGACCACAUCAUCGUCAGUGGAAGAUUUUGUGUGACGGAUAUCUCUGUGGUACCAAAGUUCUACACGAGAUCGGAUCAUCGCCUGCUUUGA